CAGUAAAAGUUCACAAUGAAGGGUCUGUUAAUAGUUGGUGCACUUUCUUUUGCCUUUCUUUUCAGAAUCGCAGCUUCUAACGAAUUUCACCGAAUUAUCAAUGGUGAAUAUGCUGAAAAGCCAAUUCCAUAUCAGGUGUAUUACGAAGGUCUUGAACUGUCCAACUUGGAAGCUCCUUCUCUUUGGAGAAUAUUUUGCGGAGGAACUUUAAUAUCGAAAAGAAUAAUCUUAACGGCGGCACACUGUUUGGACGAACCUAAUUUACAUGCAAUCCGAAUAUUUUUUGGAGCCCUAUAUUCAAACGAUACUUUUGAACCUGGUAAAAAAAGAUUGAUUGUUAAAAGGAAAGAUAUUGUGAUUCAUGAGGACUGGUAUAAGCCGUUAGCUUACAACGACAUCGCUUUAAUAAAACUUCCGAUCGAUGUCAACUUUAACGAGUAUAUUCAACCAGCCAAGUUACCUUCACCAACUGCUACCUACAAUGGAAGUCUAGCCACUGCCUCUGGAUGGGGAAAGAACGAAUUCAAAGUACUAUCAACUCACCUGAAAUACUUUGACGUGUCUAUUAUUUCGAAUGAUGAAUGCAGCGUACUUAUAGCUAAGCCCUAUAAAAUAAAUCCAUCAUCUUACAUAUGCAUUGGCCCUAGUAACAAUUCACCGUGCCAAGGUGACUCUGGAGGACCCCUAAUUGUCAAAAACGAUAAGGACUCCGUUUUGGUGGGAAUCACUUCAUAUGGGAAUGCCGAUUGUUCAUUAGGCUAUCCAACUGUAUACACUAGGGUUUCUUCAUACCUGGAUUGGAUUCGAAAAAAUGCUGGCAAACACAAUUUAAAUUAAAAUUUUAUAAAAUUCGUGAAAUAUAAUAUUUAAAGAA